UGUUGUCAGCGGAGGUUUGGACUCGAGGUGACCGGGACCUUCUCCCGGUUCGUACGGUACCGGAGGAUCCGCGUCACGCUGAACUACCGCGGAGGUGUUUGUGUCUUACCGGGGUCUCACCGGGGUCCUUCCGGGUCUAACCGGACCGGGGUCCACCUGAAUCUGGUCCAUGUCCCGGGUCGUCGGUGUGAAUCCUAUGAAGAACCCGGUGAUUGGCAGGAACUUGUUUUAAAGAUGUCGGUGUUGCGGUGCAUUGUGUGUGGACUGCGUCUUCCUUGGGUCCAGCAGACACUUGUGUCCUCGCCAUCUCGAACUUCAGCGAGUGUCCUCGUCCGACCACGUGGACGUCUUCCUCACAUUCCUCCACAGCGACUCCUGUCUGCGGGGGGCGACUCGUCAGUUUCUGCAGUGAAGCUGAAGCUCCGGACUCGUGUGUUGGUGACUCUGCUGUUUGGCGGCGGCGUGCUGGCCGCCUGCUGGUACGUGUACGAGGAGAAGCAGCAGAGGUUCCGACGACAGCGCAUUGAGCAGCUUCAGCAGGUGGCUGUGGGCCAGGGGAACUUCAGUCUCCUGGACCAUAGGGGGCAGCGCAGGACCAAGCAAGACUUCCUGGGCUGCUGGGUGCUGCUGUACUUCGGCUUCACGCACUGUCCCGACAUCUGCCCCGAAGAGCUGGAGAAGAUGUGCGCCGUGGUGUCGGCUCUGGACCGGGACACCUCGCUGCCGCCCGUCCAGCCGCUCUUCAUCACUGUGGACCCGGACAGGGACGAUGUGGAGGCGCUGGCCCGGUACGUCAAAGACUUCCACCCCCGUCUGAUCGGACUGACCGGAACAUCAGAGGAGGUGAAACACGCGGGGCAGGACUACAGAGUGUACGCCAGCCCCGGACCCAAAGACGAGGACGGAGACUACAUCGUGGAUCACACAAUCCUGAUCUACUUGAUCAGUCCUGACGGGCUCUUUCUGGAUUAUUACAACAGAACCAAGAAUGAGGAGCAGAUUGGCGAGAGCGUCAAGAACCACGUCAGAAACCAGGUCAACCUCGGAGAAGUUCGCUGAGACAACACUUCCUGUCAGAGACCGAGUCGGUUUCAUCAAAUGACAAUAAAAGAUUCCAAAUCUGAAGUUCUUCGGUUUGUUCGACCGGACGAUCAAAACUCUGAGCCUCCUCCGUGAGUCUGGAGGAGUUUGAGCAGGAGACGUGUUUUUCAGACAUGAGGAUGAACUCAAGUCGUCUCAUUGAGUUGAGACCGUGAGUCCGUCCACAGAAAAGAUCUGCUGCUGAUUGAUCUGAGUUUGUGAAAAUAACGUUUUAUUGAGCUAAUGAUGAAUACGAAAAUAAUAAGAAAUACUGAGUACAGUUCAUUCAGAGAUUUUAAAAGUUUUCUGUUCUAGAAACAUAAGAAAAACAUCCAGAUGAAUGAAUAAAUGAAAAUAAAAUUUAACGUGA